AUGUCUCAAGUCGAGCAGGAGGUCACCCUCGAGACUCGCGGGAACACCGCCAUCAUCACCCUCAACAUCCCAAAGAAGCUGAAUGCAAUGAAUGGAGACCACUACUUCCGCCUCGCCAAAUUGAUGAGAGAGGUUGCCGCUAUGGACAACAUCUACAUCACAGUCCUAACAGGAAAAGGACGUUUCUUCUCCGCGGGUGCAGAUGUCUCAAUCUCAAGAUUACCACCCAAAGACGUAGAUGUCCAGCGUCACUACCUUCAAGGCUUCGUGGCUCAAAAUCUGCACAUCACACAUGCCUUCUACUCACACCCAAAGAUCCUGAUCGUGGCUUUGAACGGCCCUGCCGUGGGUCUUUCUGCCGCACUCACUGGAUUCGCAGACUUUGUUUAUGCUGCUCCACACGCUUUCAUCCUGACUCCGUUCAGUAGUCUGGGUUUGGUAGCAGAGGGUGGUUCCAGCAGAGCUUUCGUGUCAAGACUGGGCAUCUCAAAGGCGAACGAGGCGCUGAUUAUGAGUAAGAAGUUGACCUGUGAGGAGCUUGUCAAUGUUGGGUAUGUUAAUGGUGUCAUGGAUGUCAAGCCUGGUGAGGAUGCCAAGUUCUUGGACUUGGUUCUGCAAGAGGUCGACGAUAGACUUGGCAAGCAUUUGGUUCCCGACAGUCUUGUGGGUAUUAAGAAGCUCAUUAGAAGACCCGAGAGGGAGCUCUUGGAUGCUCAGGGCGUUGCUGAAGUCUUUGGCGGGUUGGACCGAUUCGUCAGUGGUGUGCCGCAAGAGCAGUUUAGGAAGAUUGCUUCUGGUGAGAAGAAGCACAAGCUGUAG